AAUGUAAAGCACAAAAUAGAAAGCUCAUUGAUUUUCUGGUUCAACCAGAAAUCAUGGAAGAAAUGGUGAAUUUAGUAAUCCAAGAACCACCAGAAAACAUAGAUGAAGCACUAAAAUAUAAACACAGUAACUCAGCUUGUGAACUAUUGACUGCAGAUGUAGCGGCUAUUAAUGAUAAACUAGGUGAAACUGAGGUAUUACUGAACAAAUUAUGGGGAUUUUUAGAUUCAGAGCCUCCACUGAAUCCUCUUCUGGCAAGUUUUUUUAGUAAAUGUAUGGCAAUGCUGUUAACAAGAAAGACAGAGUGUAUUAUAGAAUUUAUUAAAACCAAAGACGACCCUAUUGGAGUAUUAGUGAAUCACAUCGGAACCUCUGCCAUCAUGGAUCUCAUUUUGAGACUUGCUUCCUGUGCUGAAACAGCUCAACUUAGACAAGAUAUUUCCUAUUGGUUGAAUGAUCAGAGGCUUAUACAACGUUUAGUUGGCUCAAUAGACCCUACACACGAUGAAGAAAAGCACAGUAAUGCUUCGCUUACAUUAUGUGAGCUAAUACGACUUGGUAGGGAACACAUGUCUCAACUACAGGAAAGUGCAGAUGAUGAUCCGUUACUUACCACCAUGGAACAGCAGGAAACUGUGUCUGAACUGAUGAAUCAUAUGUUACAUGAAGAGAAGUCUGAAUCUGCUUUAGCUAAUGGAAUUGCUGUGUUACUGGCACUCACAGAGUUCAAGAAGAAUGGGUGGAUGUCCUUCCUUUUUAGACUUGAUGGUCAAGAACAGUUAACAGCCCUGGAUGCUGAACGGCUGGCUAAAGGUGUUAGUAGCGCUCUACAAGGUGUAACUCCUAAAUUGAGAGAUUUGCAUCAGCUUCUCACAGACCCCCCAAAGCACCGUGCAAUGCCUACAACGAUAGGAAUGUUAGAACCCCCUCUUGGGAACACGCGGUUACAAGUAGCUCGACUGAUAGCAGCAUUAUUAUUAACAAAUACUCAUACAGUUAAUAAAGAACUUUGCCAAUUAUCAACACUUAAAACAUUAUUGGAUUUGUUCUUCCAGUAUACAUGGAAUAAUUUUCUUCAUACUCAAGUAGAACAGUGUAUAAAUACAGUUAUUAGCAAUACAGCCACAGAGUCUGAAGACGGUAAACAAGAACAUCCAAUGUUAGCUUAUUUAUUUUCUGAUUGUAAAUUAAUUGAGAGAAUAUUAGAUUGCUGGGAAGAAAAUGACCAGCUAGAAGCCAAGAAUACUGGCAAGAGAAAGGGUUACAUGGGUCACCUCACACGCAUAUGUAACGACAUAGUUCAUGCAAUGGACAAAGGAUGUAAUAGUCAACUUAUUAAAACUCAUUUUAAAGAACACAUUUCACAAGAGGACCGCGAAAGGUGGGAUGUAUUUGUGUCAGGGUCUUUAGCAGAAACAAAUAAGAAAAACUCAACAGAUUUGGUCGGUGGUCAUCCAUUACAUUCAUCAAGUGAAGACGAUGAUGCUGAUUUCCGAGACAUUCCUUUUCCACAAGACGCUGCCAUGCAGCAGGCCUUCUCUGAUUAUCAGAUGCAACAAAUGACGUCCAAUUUUAUUGACCAGUUUGGAUUUAACGAUGAAGACUUUGGUGACCAGGAGGAUAAUGUCAAUGCUCCUUUCGAUCGUAUCUCAGAUAUCAACUUUUCAAUAUCAGCCAAUGAGGACAAUCCUAACUCAGCCUUGUUUGAAGCAUGUUGUAAUGAAAGAAUACAACAGUUCAAUGACAGUGGCAGUGAUGAGGAGGAUAUCUGGGAAGAAAAAGAGCUGACGUUUUCAACGGCCACUAGAAAAAGUCAAAUUUCCCCGGAUGCACCUCCUGGUGAGGAUGCAGGUAGUAACCAUAGUGACAACAGUACUGAUAGUGAUGAAGAAGAAAAUGGUGCCUUUGGAGAUGACUCAUCCUUGCCAGCAGUAACUGCAGCAACAGUAACCUCAACAACAGCACAAGAUGAAAUGAAGAUGGAUGUAGAUUCUUCAGAAGGAUGGGCAAAUUUUGAUGAUGCCCCAAUGGAAACUGUUGCCAUGGAUACGACUCCAUCAGGGUGGGAUUCAAGUACUUCUAGUAGUAAUAAUGGAGCUGAUGAUACUGGGUGGGCUAAAUUUGAUGAUUUUAAUAAUGCCUUUAAAAAUGACAGCAGUAAUACGUCAUUAGAACUUCGUAGCAGUUCACCUAUUGAAAUGGAAAGUGAACCGUCAGAUGUAAACACAACAGAAGCUGCUAAAUACUUGGUGAGAAGUCCCUCUCCAAAUCUCAUAUCAAGUGAAACAAUAGAAAUUGGUGCUGAACAACAACAACAACCGCCACCGCCACCAACUACAAAUACCAUUGAAGAAAGCACAAAGAUGGAGGAUGAUAGCCAGAGUUCAGAAUCACAACAUAUAUCUUCCACAGAUGACAGGAUUAUAGCACCACCUGAGACAGACAAGCCACAAAGCAGUGACAACAUUAGAGUCUCUAGUGAAGUUAUUUCAAGUAUGACUGUUCAGGAGAAAUCAUUUCAUAACAAGAACAUUGUCAUUAGUAAUAGUGAAAUCAGACAACCAAGCCAUAAAACAGAAUUAUCAAUCAAAAUAGAAGAAGCAAAAACACAAAUUACCAUUACAGAUGCAGGUUCCCAGGACAGCAGAACAGAAACUGUGGUGGUGGCAGCAGCAGCAGCAGCAGAAGAAGAGGAUGAUGAUCUUAGUGAUAAUUUUAAUUUCCUCUCAUCCAGUGGCUUAAUGAAAUCCAGUUCUAAUUCUCCUAAAUCGCCCAAUGGACCAGCAAUGCAGGAGACUACUCAAAAAACACCUCCACCCACAAGUACGCAAGAUGAACCAGUCGAUGGAUUGACUGCAGCAGAAAAAGCCAAGUUAGAACAAGUUAGAGCUCAAGCUAGAGAGGCCUUGCAGCAAUGGGACCUUCAAACUCAACAAAACGGUCCAGUUUGAACCAGAACUAUUACUAGUUCAUUCUCAUUUUAUCCAGCCUGAAUCAGAAUAUGAUACUUGUGUUUAUAGCUAUAGCAAGGACUUUGAGUUACCUAAUCAAGCAAGCUCCUGCAAUUUAAUAAGUUUUACAGUAUUGACAUGGUGCCAGGCAUGUCUGGAGGGAAUUCAAUUUAUAAUUUUAACAAUUCAGAGGGGAUUUUUUUUGGAACUUUUUUAGUUUUAUUUGCAAUUUUUUCUUGACUGUAUAAAUAUAUGAAUGGGACAUUAUUAAAUCCAACCCUUGCAACUGAUGUGAAUUCUAUGAACAAAAUACUAAUUUUAUUAUUAGCACAAAAGGAAUAAAUUGAUGUGUGUAUAUAAAGAGUUUACUGCAGCAAUUCAUGUUCUACCCGGCAUGAAAUCUUCAACUUAAGGGUAUUUUUUUCACAUAAUUGUUGUCUUGCUAGCUUACUACAUUUGUCCAAACAUUGCGCUAACUGUUAAAUAUUGUCCCCCAACAGACUACAUUUUGGUUUUGCAUUUCAAAUUUGAUCAUUUUUAGUUCAAAAUGGCUGCCCUAUGGUUUCUAUGGAUACAAGUAUGAGUUGAGAUUAUGGGAUAUUAUCAAGGUUGCAAUAUGCAUCAUGCAGACAGAUGAUUUGCUUUAAAACAAGUUUGAUCGUUGCAACUCCUUUAAAUGAGGAAAGGUGGUACUUCCUCCUGUUGCUGUAACCCCCUAAUUGUUUACUCUGGUGGUGUUAUAUUAGUAUUCAACGCCAUUCAUACAGACUCUUCUCACACUGUGUUCAAUUUUUGUUUGAACUUGACCAGCAUUUAUUGAAAUUGAGUGACUACAAAUUACUUGAAUACAUUAUGCAGCUUGUGUACAUUGAGGGCGCUUCACUGCAUAAUAUUAGAGUUUAGGGAUACAAAAUGGACAUUAAAUGUAAUCUACUGUUAAACUUGUACUGUUUUAUUCAAUUGUGUUUCUCAUCGACAGAUGUUCUGUUUAUAAACAAGUAUGCAAGGCUAUGGUGGUGUUCCUGUCUGUAGCUCUACGGCCAUAACAUAACUUGUAGUCAUGGCUUUAUAGUAUUUUUUUUAACCUAAUAAAACAGAGUUAAUUCCUCUCAGGAAAUUUGAAACAAAAACAAAAUUUGCUCAUCCUAAUUAAAACCAUAUUAAACUAAAUCAAUUUUGACACAUUGAUGUUCACCAAUGCAUUGUGAAUUCUUGCUUGGUUUUCAAUAUCUGUAUGUGUAAUUUUGACCUGUGACAAUCAUUGGGUAAUUGCAGGAUAUAAACCUUGGCUGCCAUGUACCCUAUUAGUCAAGAUUUGCGGGCAUCAAGAAAGUGUGUCCUUUUGAUCCAAAAUGAAAUAUAGAAAAAAUGUGCCAUUCAAAAGAUAAACACGGUGCCUCUAUAGACGGGUCUCAAAAUGUUCAAAUUUGCAUUGAAACUGCACACUGCUUUUACACACUAUUGUUAAUUAAUGCUGCACAGAACAUGCAACUAUGUACAAUAAAGCAAACAUUUUUUUAAAUAGAAAUUUAUGUAUAUGGAAUAAGCUUCUUGAAUUUUUCCUGACCCAAGCAUUGUACGAGAUUCAUACCCCAAAUAAUUGUCAAUCGAGACAUUUGAACUUUAUGGCGUGUCUUUUAUCAUACCAUUUGGGAUUCAUAGCAUCUACUUCGCAAUUGUAAAUGUUUUGUACAUUCGUUCUUUUACUCACAUAAUCACUUGAUUUACAACCCAGGGUAAAAGUCAAGAAAACAUUUCCUUACAAUAAUAUUUCAUGGGAGCAUAAAAAUAUGCUUCUGAUGAAAGCAGAGAAAUUUAGCUGAUGCAUGUGCUCCUAGAUAGUAGAAUAGUUUACUACCUGAGUGUAUAUCUGAUAUUCAAGUUAACAGUUUUUUAUUCAAUAAGUGUUUUAGUCAUCAGUGUGAUAACCCAUACCUGUGAAGGUUUGUCAAACCUAAGCAGGAUACAAGUGCCUAAAUUAUACGUUGUUUACUGUGUGUAGUUAUUGGAUAUGUCAUUUACAUAUUUAUCCUUCCCUACCUAUGCCAUUAUGUCCCUCUUGAGUCAAUGUUUUUAUCUUCUUUUAGACAUUCCAUUUGACAGCUUUAUCCCCUCCACCCCAUCAAAUAGGAUUGUUUGCACACUUGUGUAGAUGUGGCUGUAUUAAUGUCUGGUAGUGCUGUCUUCUAAACUGUUUCAGAUGGCUAUGAUAAAUCAACAUGUGAAGACAAAUUUAUGCAUUUUAAAGAACAGAAUAAUUUACAAGAUAGCUUAGCUUGUCUUGCAUUUCCCAUUGUAAGUUAAUCCCAUGAUUGCUUAUCGUAAUUCUUAGCUUUACAACAGUAAGUAACCAUGAACAAGUCCAUAUUUUGAAAAAUUUACAACUUUUCUGUUAAAAAUACUAUAAUUGGUUUUUUUUAUAUAAUGCCUGUGUUUGAGAUUAGUCACUUGUUUGCAACCAAUCCAAGCAUGUACAGAUAUACAUAUUCAAAUCAGGGAGUGUUCAACACAAUUGGGAUACAGUAUUGUUUCAUUAUUUUUGCUCUCUGAAAAAUACAUUUUCCUAUAAAAAAAAAAUGAUCUUAAAUAAAAUAUAAAUAAUAGUACUCUUGUUGCAGUGCAUUAUGGGAGAUUUCCUGAAACAAAUUUACACAUUGAUUCAAAGUUACUAUUAUAAUCAGAUUGUUUAUUAUUGCAUUUAUAUUCACAGUUUACUCAAUUUUUUUUGGGGGGGGGGAAGGACAUGAAUAUGUGAGAGGUUUUAACCGCUUCAAGCAAUCUGGGUUGGUUUUAACUGCCUUUUUCACUUACUUUCACAUUUACUUUGGAAUCAAUCAAGAGAGUUUUUAAUCUGACAGUAUUGCCUGAUUAUUGGUUGAAUGGGGUCACAUGACAGUGUGUCAAGUCUGACCUUUAGAUAGCAGCUGUUCAAACUUGUAUUUAAAACUAAUGACAAAUGUAUCAAGUAUUGGUGCUUUUAUGUGUGAUCUCCAACUAAUUCUGACAAACUUAGUUUUAAAACAGCUUUUUUGUGUGCAUGUAAUUUGUCCAAUGUCGGGGAGGGGGUAUCGUAUAUGAAAGACUUACUGUGUUUCAAAAUAUGCAGAUUAGUUCAAGACUGAUUUUUAACUUGAACCAGUGGUGCUUUGCUGAACCUGUAAAAAUGAACCAAAACAAAAAUAAAUAAAACUGAGGGACUGAACAGAAAGAAGUAAAAAACUAGUUCUUGCCACAUUAUUGCGCUUAGAUUUCUGCACUUAUUUUUAAAACUUUUAAUUAUUUUGUUGGUAUUUACCUCAAAUUGUAUAUAUAAAUCAUGUUUAUUUUAUUCUUGUGGUUUUGGGUGACAGGUCUUAUUCAGGAUUAUGAUGCAUAUUUGUAACUGACAGGAAAAGGUUUAUUGGAAAUUGACUUUUGACUUGUCAAUUUGGUUUCACCAGUUUAACUGCUUAUGCCAUAUUCGUCCGUUUGCUUAUGACUACUUCAAACUGUCACAUGUUUACCAUUAAGUUUUUGAUUGGCUGCUUGCCAGUCACAUGUUCAACUUUGCUACUAAAUAUCCUAACAAGUAAUUUUUUUAUGUGUUUGCAAACUCAAUUUUGAUUAAUAAUGUGAUUCAGUGUUGACAACUUGCAUCAGGGUAAAGUUAUUUUUAGGAAGAGAUUUCAAUUAUCUUUGAAUGACCUGUAAUGUGUAUUUUUAACAAUACAACCGACUCUUUAUAUCACUAUUGUAAGCUAAGUUCAGAUUUAGUCAAGCUUAUUUUCUUAACCCUCUCUUCUUCCCUCCUAUGUCCAACUAUCUCCUGAAAUACUGCUAUUUUAUUUCAUUUUGUACAAUGUUUGAAAUUGGAAGAGUUUGUAGCAAGAGUGAGUUAGUGAUGAGAGCUGUUUUCGUCACUACACUUGUCAUUAUCUGUGUUUUAAUAAAUUGCAGUAUCGUCACA